AUGGCCUACAAGAAGUUUAUUGUAAUCGUUCCAUAUUCUAUUUUCAAUGGAUUCAUUUUCGAAGGCCGGUGGAUGGAUAGAUAUUCUCCACGGCCUCCUCCGCGAAGCUUCAGUAAUUUGAACGUGGAAUGUAACGACAACAUUAUACGUCCCGUUCCUCAACGAAGUCCACUAACCAAGCAAGUGAACCAACUGGCUUACGAGAUACCGAAGAAUAAGUACGCUCAAAAUCCAUGGAAUUACGCCCCAGAAUUUCUCAAAGUGAGUUGA